AUGGAAAAUCUCAAAUCCCCUAAAUUAUUCUCGGUCAAAGGCUUAGUGGCCGUCAUUACUGGCGGAGGAAGCGGCCUUGGGCGGAAUAUGGCACUGGCCCUCGAUGCUAACGGUGCUUCCAAAGUCUUCAUUAUCGGUCGCCGAGAGCAUAAGAUCAAAGACACGGCUGCCUCCGCUGUCAAUGGCUCAAUCAUUCCAGUGGUAGGAGAUAUAUCUUCUAAGGAGUCCCUGCAGACUGCCUACGACCAAAUUAGCUCGAAAGCAGAAUACAUUGACCUCCUUGUCGCAAAUAGUGGCAUGGUAGGGCCUUCAGCAAAUCCUCCUGCUCGACAGAAAGGAAGCGAACCCACGCUGUUAGAGCUCCGAGAUUACCUCUGGGCAACACCGAUGGACCAAUUUUCGGAAGUUUCGCAUGUCAAUAUUACUGGGACGUUCUACACAGCAGUGGCGUUUCUGCCGCUGCUUGAGGCGGCCAAUGCCAAGCGCCCCCUCCUGCCCCGGGGGUCCUUUCACGUCCUCGACCCCAAAUCGUCAUCGUCAGCUCCAUCGCGGGCUUCCUCCGUGUCGGCUUGA